AGAGAAACACUCACAUCAAUGGAGAGGUGACGCGCUCUGCAGAGACGUGUGUGCCCCGCUGUCUGUGCGCGCUCCGGCCGCGCCGCCGCCGCGCAGCAAUCAGGUGGUGAAAGCGCUAUGUAGCUCAAGUUAACGCGGGCAGGCUCUGCUGUACAAUAUGUGUCGACAAUGGAGAGGCAACGGCAAGUGAUGUCGAUGAGCAACCCACCGAGGCAGACUACACCAGAUCCGCCGCAAUGAGCGCCUCCUUUCCCAAAUCUGAUUCCACAACCUCCUUACUGAAAUCCUCCUCGGCGGCCAAGAGACCGACACACCUCCACGAACACACAGCAGAGAGCCGGAGAAGUCAGCAUCACCAUCAGCAUCAGCACCAGCAUCACCACCGUCCCGCCGCACUCCACAGCAGCAGCAGCAAAGCCGAGGAGUCCUUCUGGUCGGCCGAGUGCGACAUCAGCGCCCGGAGACCCCUGUGCCAUCCGUCCCUCCUCGGCAGCCAGGACAGUAGUAAUGAUGCCCCCACUCGGGGCAAGUGCAAGUCACAUGCUCCUCACAGCCAAGUUCCCGUGCCGCCGCCGGAGCCAAACGGCGAGGCAGGCCGAGGUGUGAGGGAGCGCUGCAGGACGUCCAAGCCCACACACCGACACCACCACCGCAGAAAGCACAACCGAGAGGACCGUCCGCCGGCAGCAGGGCCACCGGAAACUGAGCAUCCCCGUCGCUGUCACACGCACAGCCGCCCGGUCCCCAGGGUGCCCUCUCUGUCGGACAGCAACGACGACCGGGCUCCUCUCUGUGAGCCGAGGAGCCAUAAGGGGGCAGGUUUGGCCACCGGCGGCGGACAGGUCAGCAGUCCAUCCCCGUCCUCCUGCUCCCUGGUGCCGCUGUCCAGCAGGUCCUCCCGUCGCUCUCGGAGGUCCAGCGCUGCUUCUUCUGCAUCUGAUAUCAAUUUACGCACCAUCCUGAAUUCCCUCUUCGGGCAGGACAGAGAGCUGAGGCCCGAAGAAAUGGACGAGCUACGAGAUGCUUUCAAAGAGUUUGACAAAGACAAGGACGGUUUCAUCAGCUGUAAAGAUCUAGGAAACUGUAUGAGGACCAUGGGAUACAUGCCUACUGAGAUGGAGCUGAUUGAACUGAGCCAGCAGAUAAACAUGAAUUUGGGAGGUCAUGUGGAUUUUGAGGAUUUCGUAGAGCUGAUGGGCCCAAAACUACUCGCAGAAACUGCAGACAUGAUUGGAAUUAAGGAGUUAAAAGAUGCAUUUAGGGAGUUUGACACUAAUGGAGAUGGUGCUAUAAGCACCUCUGAGCUGCGGGAUGCAAUGAGGAAGCUGUUGGGCCAACAAGUAGGUCUGAAGGAGGUAGAAGACAUCUUAAGGGAUGUAGACUUGAAUGGUGACGGACUAGUUGACUUUGAAGAGUUUGUACGAAUGAUGUCUCGCUAAGAUCAUGAAGAUGAUCAGUCCUGAAUGUGAAGCUGUGUCCUCCUCCAUACUAGACCAAGUACAACAUGGGACAAGCUAAGACCUUCUGAGCCAUCCAAAUCUGAAUGACACUGGAAUCGAAACUCCUUGAAUGUUUUAAAGCGAGGAGUCACCUCACACUUUCAAUCAAUAAGUGUUCUUCCUGAAAAGUCUCCGCUCCAACUGAGGCAGAAUUUGCUGUAGCCUAGCUGACGAUUGUCUUGAUUUAUGUUUUUUGCACUUUAUUCACUAAAUAUCUUCCUGUGUGGAUAGGUUGCUGGUGUCCUGUCUCAUCCUCUACAUGGUAUAAGUAAGUGUCUUGUAAAAUGUCAUCUUUGAUGUACAACAACGUCAGAAUGAGAGAUUGAAUGUCUGUAGAAAAAUGUAAAAGUGCACUGUUGGAGAUUUCACUAUAUAUUCACACAGUAUGUGUUGUACUAGAAAUUGUACGUGGAACUACCUUUGUGUGACAUCGGUACUCCACCAAGGAACCCAUGUGGCAAUAUCACAUCUGUGUUGUAUCUGUGUGGCCAUAGGUGAUUUUUCACUGUGCCAGUCCAGUCUGUUGAAAACGUCAUUGUCUGACAUGUAACAAAGAAGAAGAGCUCUGAUAUUAAUGAGACUCUGAAAUGCCUUUCGUCUAUGUUUGUCACUGGAGUCUGAGGUCUAGGACAGUUGAAACAACACUUACAAAAUGAUAAGAUGUAAAGCUCUCUUUCAAAGCCUAAAUCCAGAGUACCAAAGUCCUCAUUGACACUAGCCCACUGCAAUUUGCAGCAAAAUGUUUGCAGGUUUGAAUUCCCAGAGUCUCUAAUCUAGCUUUGGGAGGGAGCAAUAGCUGUUUUUAAAGAUCCAUUUUGCCCUGUCUGAGAUUAUACAGUAGGAAUGACACACGUGAACUGUACAGUGGAUGUGUUCAUGUUAUAAAAUGUAUGUCAAUGUCAUUAUGAUUGUAGUUGUGGUAACGUUCCACACAUCUGUGCUGUCAAAGACAUUUUUAUGCAUGCCAAAGAGAGACAUUUAUUAAAUUCAGUAUGCACAUUUGCAUUUUUGUCUAACAAAGUAAACGGAAUAUUUCGCCAAGUUAUUGUAGAUAAAUAAAAGGUGUUUACAUUUAUAUUGUGGUGAUGUUGCCAAGGAAAAUACAGGCACUAUGUAAUAGAGAAAAGGUUUGCUAUUUAGACAUCAAAUGAAAACAUAUGUUGACAACAA